UGGGGGCAUUUUUGCGAAAUAGUCGGAGGCGCUUUUGGACGAACGUCGACGUCGGCAGCCAUUUCGAUUUGUGUUCAGUGCGUGGAGUGGUGAAAGCAAUUUUCACCGAGAGGAACGCGCUGCAUUUAGUUGUUUUAACGUUUGGACUGUGGCAAAGACUUUUUAGUUGGUAAGACACCCGCGAUAGCAGAUUAGUGAGGAAGAAAAAUGUCAGCUCCCACGUGUUAUAAGUGCAACCGUCCAGGCCACUUUGCCCGCGACUGCAGUCUUGGAGGCGGCGGCAUGGUAGGAGGAGGAGGAGGCCGCGAUAUGAGACGCGGUGGUGCUCGCGAAAAGUGCUACAAGUGCAAUCAAGUUGGGCACUUUGCGCGUACAUGUCCUGAGGAAGCAGAACGCUGUUAUCGUUGCAAUGGUAUCGGUCACAUCUCAAAGGAAUGCACACAAGCUGACAAUCCAACUUGUUAUAAGUGCAACAAGCUGGGACACUGGGCGCGUAAUUGCCCGGAGGCUCUUAAUGAUCGAAAUGUAAGUAACAUUUCAUGCUAUAAGUGCAACCGCACUGGUCACAUUUCCAAGAACUGUCCGGAUACAGCGAAGACAUGCUACGGCUGCGGUAAGAGUGGUCAUCUGAGACGCGAAUGUGACGAGAAGGGAGGCCGUAAUUAAGAAGUACGAAACGGCUUCGUAUACUACACAUAUACACUACAAUUGCAACCAACUUAUUAAAAGAAAUUAAAAAUAAAAGAAAAAAUCAUAAAAACAAAAAUUAAACUCACACUCUCCUUCCUCAUAAACCUAAUUUUCAAUAUAAAAAAUUUCUAAUUCCAAUUUGAGCGCUGUUAUGGCUCAUCCUAGCAGAUGGCGCAGAUAUAAUGAAGCGAUACUGCGCCUAAAUUUAUCCUGAGAAGUUGAAAUUGUUUGUUGUCAAUCGAAAUUGAGAUUUACUGCUGCUUCAUAUUCAUCUCCUCCAGUGAACAUACACAGUCCAACCACAAUACACAAAUCAUCAUCAUCUAAAGUGAUCUGACUUAAGCUUAUUAAACUGGGCUGAUACAUCGGUAAUGUUGACAUGAUGCAUUUUUGUUUUUUACGGGACGGAGCCCAGUUGAAGCGGAGCGGAGUAUAUAUAUAGCAGUCCGGAGAAUAUUCAAGAAGGAAUAGAACAGAGAAGAGCGAAGAAACCCAACUCAGAAGCACGAACCUUCAAAAUAAAAUUUCAAAUAUCACUGUGAUUGUUUUUUAAUUGUAAAUUAAAAUACUGGAGCUGCUGAUUUGAGAACAAAA